CACAAAACCUUGGACGUGAUUACGCUUUUUCACAAGCCAGGUUCACCUGCUUCACUGCGUGUCCAGGAACUGCUGAGGCGGGCAUCUAUCAACGCAAGCCAAAAAGCCUGUCAAACCUCAUCUGGACCAGACGCAAUUCCAAUCAGGGAUCCAUUCGAGCUAGAGGUAAAUGAAGAACCGCCAACUCAAGAUCAAUUGAGAAGUAUUUUUGAAUAUACUGGCAUAGCGAACAUAGGGAAUGUUGUCAAAGGAGCUACUGAUACUGUUGACGCAUGGAAAAAGCUCAAGGCUAACAAUGAUAGCUUUCAGAGGCCCUUGACUGUUGAUUGGGCUCGCGGUAGAGUUGUUGCUGGAGAUAAUGAGUCUGAGAUUCUGAAGCUCAUCAAAGCGGCAUCCUCAAACUAG